AUGUCUUCUUCGUCUCAAACUCCGGCUGUUGCUGGCAGUUCAGGCGCUGAGGAACUGCCUGACAGUGGCAGCAAGGCCCCAGACAGGACAACAGAAGAGGGGGCAGUCAACGUCGAUACACAAGAGGCCACGACGGCUGAAGAGGAAAAGCCACAGCUUCCACCACUUACGCCGGCACAGUUCCGCGAGUACAACCGGAUGGCCGAGCAUAUGGACCACUUUCACAACCAUUUCCGCCAGGUUUGGAACACGAUAUACGAUGCGUGCGAGAAACGGAAACGGCCGGCGGGGAUGUCAAUACGGCAGUUCCUAGACGAGGGCCUGCAGUUUAUCAACUUCCUGACCACCCACCACUCGAUCGAAGAGUCGUAUGUUUUCCCGAUGCUUGCCAAGCGCAUGCCCGAGUUCCAGCCUCCGACAAAGAAGAAGCCAGGCGCGGCAGCCAGCAAUGGCAACGCGAAGGCCGCCCUGCUGAUCCAGCAGCACCGGGAAAUCCAUGCGGGCAUGGAUGCCUUUGAGGACUACGUGCGCCGGUGCAAAAGCGGAGAGACGGAGCUAGAGAUGACGGUGCUCAAGGCGCAGAUGGACUCUUGGGGUAAAGUGCUCUGGCAACAUCUCGACGAGGAGGUUGCGGCGCUCGGUGCCGAGAAUAUGCGCAAGUACUGGUCCCUCGAAGACAUGCGGCGGAUGCGGAUGUAA